CUAUCUUCUACGAAAAUUAGGCUGUAUAAUCACAAACUCUGAUAACGUUUACGUUUUAUUUGUGAUGGACUUUCACAGUGCAAUGACAAAUCGUUUCCUCUGUUUAUCAGUGGCCGGAGUAUUGUACGUAUUAGUACUGUGCUAUUAUCAGAAAAACAGGAUAUUUCCAUCCACUGGAUUAACUUCACCACCACCACCAAUAGCUGCCACCAAACCUGCAUGCAGCUCCAUGUUCAUGAUUACUGCUCCCUCUGGAAUUAUCAAUACCAAUUCCUUUCUUAGCAGUGAAGAUUUACGACGAGCACCACACUUGAUAGCUCCAAGACUAAGUGGCUUCCAGCACUCUCCACAUAUUGCAAAUGUAACUGUCCAGAAGAUAGUGAAAAAUCGCCAAUCUUUCGGAAUUAUAUCUUCAGAUUAUGAAAGUCUGGCGAGGUUACUCCCUAGGCUGUUGUUUUCUGGUAAUGCAAGUAAACUUGAGGAGGAAAUAACACGCCAGAUUGUGAAAGAUGGAAAGGAAACGAGCCAGUAUCAGAAAAAUAUUAAAAUAAAAAACCCACCUCCCUUUCUCCUGGGUAGGAGCAGGAUAGAGGCAGCAGGAGGAGUAUUGCCUUACGUGCCUUGCCUUAUCGCCUCGUACUCCAACCCUACAAACUUCUACACCUGCGCCAAGAAGAGAUUACAGAAUGGGUCACCACUGUGGAUGUAUUUCAUGGGUGACUCUAAGAUCAGGGAUCUAUUUGACGAGUUUCUGACGCUCACAGAGCCAGCUUGUAACUACACCGUCAGUUACUGGAAACUUAACUACCCAUGGCCUGCGGUAAGGAAGAACCUCUUCUUCCUGCGGUGGACUGACAUGGAAGCCACCACACCAGUGCUGCCAGGCAUGCGUGUCACCUAUGUUUUCAGAAAAUUUUAUUGUAUGAAGCUAUCCAAACUGAACGACACACAGGAAAUUAGCCAACUUCGCCUGUGGGCUUCGGGAAGUGAGCCUCCGCCCAGUCUGCUGGUAAUUGGAUACUCCACUUGGAUGAUGCUCUGGCACAAAAAUGCAAACAAAUUAAGUACUGUGGAUUUCCUGGAUGGACUGCGACAAAUGCACUCAUUGGUUAUGCCGCUACUGCAGAAGAUCAGCCAGCAGACUCGGGUGUUGGUGCUCAGUCAAAGUCGCUUUCGUCCUUAUUCCGAUGCAUCACUUAAACAACGAGCUGCUCUUACCUCAGCAAACUUUGACUGGAAUGAAGCUACUGCACUACACUUUCUACGCCAUGGAGCCGAAGUCAAUCUUUACGCUGAUACUCCUCAAUCAACACCUCUGCAGGAAAAUCUAAACCCUGUGUCCUCCCAUUCUUCGGUGUGGUGGUGGGACUCCGGUCUCCCACUUAACCUUGCUGCUCAUCAGGAAUGUGAGGAGCUGCAUCGCCUUAGGUUGACUCACCACCCAGUAUACAGGGACUCCUUCCUGUCCUGUUGUGACCCUCAUCAUGCAGGCAGUGUAGCCAACAGGGAUUUGGUGGUAAUGUUACUAAAUUUGGUAUGUAACUCUGUACUACAGUUGGACCACCGUCAUUGCUGCUCCUGAUAACUCUGCUGGAUACUAGUAUCGUAUCUAGUGGUAGGGCUUGUGGGAGACGAUUACUGGAUUCGAAUCCUUACCCAAAAGAGGCCUGACGAAUCUGAUUACUGUGCUUGUAUUCUAGAAUCUUCUGAUGAAUCCGUCAAAUCGUUUCAAAAUUCAUGAGUCUCAGAAUGAUUUGUAUUAGUUAUGAAUAACAUCGUUCAAAAAUGUCUGUAAAUUAACAUAUUGUGUGUGAUAAUAUAAUCUAUUACUUUGGCAUAUAAAUUGAAAGACUAGAAAAA